UACUUGUUGCAGGAGCUGACGGACGGCUGGUUCUCCAGCUAGCUGCUGAGGAGCGUCUUCAGUAGUAGCCAGCAUUGCCUCAGUGUUAAAAGUGCAGUUAGAAUUCUUCCAGUGCACCGGCUAACGCGUGAUGUUCAUGCAGAUGCCCAGAAGUUCUGAAGUGAAGUCCCUGUUGUUGGUGUUGGUGCUGACGUUGGGGCGAGGAGCGAGAUGCAAGCGCAGAGGGGCGGUCUUCUUACCCCCCGACAGUACAGGACUCGUCGGGACUCCGCCAGCAGACAGACCACUUCUUCCCCUCAAAUUCUGGGCCAAUCCUCGGAAAUCACCACUCAAACCUCGACGUAAGGACUUAGAUGAGCAAACGUUGCUCAAACUCAUGGGACAGGACUUCGAUUCUCGAUGGAUGAGAAGGACACAUCCCAGCCACACCCAUAUACAGGACGGGACCGCUGGCGACAUCGAAGACCGUGCCACGGUGCGGACGCUGCGCGAGAUGGCCGGCGAGGAGCUGCAGUUGUUGCCAGAUGAACUGGUCCCCCCGGAGAAUCGGGCUGCAGUCAUCGCGUGGUUAGUGCAGCGAGCUACCUGCCCUAUCCGCUACGUGUGGGAUGACCUGGGCCCAUAUUUCUGGCCACGCUGGGUGCGCAGGGGCGAAUGUGUGCACGACGCAGGUGUUGAAACGACAAGCGAAGGUCGAAAUUCGAGUCGAAGAACUAAUACGAGAAACACGCCAUGCAGUUGGCCUCCUGGAAUGUUGUGUGUGCCUGGAGUCGCCAGAAACCUUCAGAUUCUACGGUGGCACUGCAGACUGAGGAAAAACCUGAGUGUCGGAGGUGCUUCUAACAGCAACAACGUGUGGCUGCUAAGGGGUAGUGCAGGUCAGGCUGUGGUAGACAGACAUUACAACAGCAGCAGUAAAAGCAAACGUCGAAAGCGGUACCGCUGUCAGUGGCUUAAGGUGCCUUAUCCUGUUCCUGAAGAUUGUGUAUGCUCCUGCUAGUCCCAAACUCUUCCGCUUAACCUCUGCUAGUCUGUUCAGUGCCUCUCUGAUGUACUUUCAUUUAUCACAAGUAUAACUCAUUGUCUUUCUUUCAUGACUUUCUGCCGCAGACAUUUUCAUUGACAAGACAGCAUAAGAUCUUCUCAGACUGUCAGCAUGGUAUGUAACUAAGUAAUUUGAUUGAUUCGUCCUUCACAUCCAAGCAAUAUUCACCAUCCUUUUUCUCUAAGCAAUUAUAAGUCUACAGUACUGCAUGAAAGUUCAUCUUGAGAGUCACGGUUUUAAUUGAGAAAUAAUUCAGCCAUUGCCCGCGUUUAUUCAUUAGUUCCCCUUAUUAGCAUCACACCACAAAACAUUCUUUGAAUGCUGAAAGCAACCUUUUUCCUUGUUUCAGGAGGCAAGUGAUUAUUAGUGCAGAACUCACUUUUUGUGUGUGUUCGUACGCGUGCGCCAUAUUAUAAUUGCUUAUUAGGCACAAAAUGAGUAAAAUAUGUAUUUUAUUUUACUGACUGCUUUAAAAACAUCUGACAUAAAAUCUUGUCUCCAUCUAGUGCAAUAAUUUGAGUUGAAGGUCAUCUCCACUCUUCGUUUGCCAAAUGAAAACCUAUAAGGAACUGGUGGUGUUGUACAGUUGUAAAAUGACUUAUUACGCUCUCUUGUUAUUGAAAUUGUGACACAUGAACCCAUUCAUUCAGCAUAUGUAUAAUUACAGUGGUUAAUAUUA